AUGGUAGCUACACCGGCUGGAGGCUUAGUAGCCACCAAUAGCGAACGACUGCCAGUCAAAGGAAGAAUCAUAAACAUACUAGAAGGCCUGGAGAUGUAUACCAGGGUUUUGUAUCCCAGGGUUUUCUCCGAGAGUGACGAAAGAAGCAUUCUCGACUGUAUCUUCGAUUUGAGUGAUAGAGGCCGAGCAGGCCUUCCCAUGGAAAGAACAUACUCUGAGCCGAAGAAAUGGAUGAGAGGAAAAGGGAGAAUCACCAUUGAGUGCGGCUGUUGUUAUAAUUUCACAAACGACAGACAAGGAAAUCCACCAGGGAUCCUUAGAUAUGACCAAGUAGAUCCACUACCUUCUAUAAUAAAGUUGAUGAUCAAGGGAAUUGUCAGAUGGAGCAUACUGCCAGCUACCUGCAUCCCAAAUAGCUUCAUCAUCAACAUAUAUGACAAGGGAGACUGCAUACGUCCUCACGUUGAUCAUCAUGAUUUUGUAAGACCCUUCAACACGGUCUCAUAUUUUAGCAAGAGCAAUAUAUUAUUUGGGAAAAAGAUUGGCAUUGUCGGCCCUGGCGAGUUUAGAGGAACUGUAAAGAUUCCGUUGCAAGUUGGUUCAGUUUUGGUCUUGAAAGGAAAUGGGGCAAAUGUUGCUAAGCACUGCAUUCCAGGGGUAAGACACCAUAGGGUGUUCGUGACCUUCCAUAGGAUGGAUAACAGCAAAAUACCAUAUGGGUUUCAGCCAGACCCAAAACUGGAAGAGCUACUGUCGUACAAGCUAUGA